AUGACUCUCCCUGUAGCAUGCCCUCCUUCCUCUACCUCAUCCGACCCGCCUACUGUUGCGCAACGCAAGCGACGCAGAAGAGCUCCAGCUAGCGGUGCCUCGGACGAUUGCUUCGCUUGUACCAAACGCAACGUAAAAUGCGAUCGCAGAAGACCCUAUUGUUCACAAUGUCUAGAAGUAGGAAAUGAGUGUUCAGGCUACAAAACCCAAUUAACUUGGGGUGUGGGAGUGGCAAGUCGAGGAAAAUUGCGAGGCUUAUCCCUCCCCGUUGCGAAAUCCCCUCCUGCCCCCAAAAGCCCACCCAUCACUCGUCCUCGAGCUGCUUCUACAAUUGCGAGACCUUUAGAGAAAAACGAAGAUGGUGUUCGAAUUAAGCUAGAAAAUGCAACUUCUGUACCUGUCAGUCCAUUUAUGACGUAUGAUUUUGUCAAUAUGGCACCUCAUGGAAAUACUCCAACGACUACCCAGAUGUCGGAUUGGAAUAUUCCUGCACCAUCGCACGAAUUCACAAUUCCAAAGUACCAUCCUGAGACACAACAACGACACAUACAGAGACAAUUACCCGGUCAACUUCACCGGAUACACACGCUUAGUAUCGGGAGGCCAGAAGGACUCGGUCUUUCCAGUUCCGUGGACUCUCUGAGUUCAUAUCCUGACAGCGAGUAUGCAUCACCAAUCAGCCAAUCAUUUCACAAUGAAGAAGUCCCCUUCCUCAAUAGCCCCGCUCCAAUGUACAACAGCUACUCUUCGAGAAAUACUUCUAUAACGGAUCAAAAUUCGGAUAUUAUGGGAAACUCACGUGGUCCGACAUCAUGUCCCGAUCAAUUCUACGCCCAGUCAGAAAUGAGUUCAAGCAUCAGUUCUCAUCAAACUAUGUAUGAUAUCGCAGAAGGUCGGCCACCUCAACGAUCCUCUCCUUCAGUACAUGAGAUCUUCUAUGAUGAUGAAAUGUUAGGCAUGCAAAACUCUCACGAACCUGACGUAUAUGCAACAAGCGCCAGAUCCAGUCAUUUUGGAUGGACUUCUAUAAAUGAAGACGAUGUUGGUUCCCCCACAUCUGAAGCAGACACUUACCAUCAUAUUACUGGACAUGAUUCCAUGUCAUCUUCACUUACGUCUGAAAUGUCACCCCGAAUCUCAUUCUUUUUAGAUUAUUACGAGAAAAUCAUCUGCCCCUCGGUAGUGGUCAUCGAUAGCCCUUCUAACCCCUAUCGUGAGCACAUUCUUUCUCUCGCCUCUUCAAGUCAAAGUCUUCAACAUGCCAUUUGCGCCCUUGCUGCUUGCAAUCUACGCAUGAAGCGAAAGCAAUCACUUGGGCAAAACCAUUGGCGUCAACCAAUGGAACUCGAACUUCAAGAUCGUAUCAAUGGUGGCUCUAUUGGCCGACCCGUCUGCGUCAGAAGAUCCUCUACUCAAACAACUUUAACCGACUCCUCGACUACCGACGCAUCACUUCAAGAGGAAUAUCAACAUCGUUCUCUUGCUGUUUCCCUGCUCAAUCAACAAUUAUCUGAUCCCUCCAAAGCCCGCCAUGAUUGUGUUCUAGCCACACUAUUUAUUCUCUGUCACUACCGCAUGUGCGAAUCUGGCAUCGCCCAAUUCCGUACCCAAUUUGCAGGCGUCAAAAAGAUCCUCGGAAUGCGAGAAUGUGGAAUUGAGACUGGAAAUUGGGGAUGGAUGGAAUCCCUCUUUACUUAUUUCGACGGCAUUGCCGCUUCUAUCAAUGACCGCGAAGCUCAGCUUCGAGGUGGAUACCUUGAAAUGCUAGCUAGCCCAUCCAAUCCCAAUCACGCAAUCGAAAACAUGGCAGGCUGCGAUGCUGUCCUCUUCAAGACAAUUGCUAAACUGGGGCGUCUAAAUUUACUGUCUCAACAUCGCCCUGUUAUGAACGAUUCUAUCUCUAACAACUCUCAUCAAAAUCAUAUGCAUCACACAGCCGGGCUUCAUCGACCUCGUCUUGCAGGCCAAGCACUUGUCGAUUUUUACAACCUCCAUUCCAUCUCAUUCGAUGGUAAUGGCUUCGCCUCAACCAUGUCACUUGAUGACGAGCCCAACUUUCCUAUGCAAAGCCUUACACCACUCUCUCCUACCUCCUGCUCUCCUACAUCCGUCCCAACCUAUAUGCCAUGUGAUGAUGCCCAUACUACUUUCUGGACUGAAUGGAAAGCAGCGCGCCUCGAACUCCAAGAGUGGGAGUUCUCUCCUUCCCACAUCGUCUCCUCUCUCCCCGUCACUCCAACUCCGACUCAACUCCGCGACUUUGGAUAUAUAUCCGAAGCAUUCCGAUAUUCGGCACUCUUAUACACCGAACGUCUCGCUUGUCCCACAACACCUAGCUCGCAUCUUAACUUCCAGAAUUUGGUCAGCCAAGUUUUGUUUUACGUUACAAGCCUGGAUACUAAUAGUGGAUGUGAGAAGUUCUUGUUAUGGCCACUUUUCAUAAGUGGAAGUGAGUGUAUCAAUGAGUUGCAACAGAGCAUUGUCAGGAGUAAAUGUAGGGAAAUUAUGAAAAGAUCAGGGUAUCUUAACAACUUGGCGGGAUUGGAGGUACUAGAGAAGUUGUGGGCAGAGGGGAAAGAUGGGCGAGCAUCUCCAGAUGGGAUGAGAGGUCAAGCAGGACCUUUUAAAUGGAGUAAACAUAUGGAGGGAGUGGAGGGUGAAUGGAUUAUGGUUUGA